CACCGAUCAGCGGAAAGAGCCGAUGACGUCGCUCUGUCAUGUGAUCAGCUGUGUCCAAUCACAGCUGAUCGCAAACUGUCAUGUUGACAGAGGAGAGGAGAGCCGGUAAUUGGCAUUCCUCAGAGAGGACAUGUAUGCUGAUCAUCAGGGCACUGAUGAUCAGUGUAGCCCCAUCAGUUUCACCUGUCCGUGUCCAUUAAUGCCACUUGUCAGUGCUCAUCAAUACCACCUAUCAGUGCCACAUAUCAGUGCCCAUCUGAGCUGCCUUUCUGUGCCAACUAUCAGUUCCACCUAACAGUCCCAUAUACAAGUUCUACCUUUCAGUGAUGCCUGUCAAUGCUCAUCAGUGCCACCUACCAGUGCCUCCUCAUCAGUGCAGCCUCAUUAGCGCACAUCAGUGA